AUGCUGAUGAAUAACGAGUUUGUCGAUGUGAUACUGAAAGAGAACCGAAGAAUGAGCACGAGCGAAUGGAGGGAGUACAUGUACGACGAACUCCGAGUGAGUUUUCUCGCCACUGAACUGCAUCUACCAAUGCGUACUGUACACGGGAUUUUACGCGCAGAUAAUGGAUACGUUAUAUAUGACAUCAAACCUGGUUGUGAAUUUCCUCGUUUCCUUGAUGAGAACGAUGAAAAACUGGAUUUUGGAACAAGGAUAAAGCUAUGCAGAGCCUUAUCAAGUGUGAUGGCUGGCUUGUUCAAUGCUUUUGAUAUUUCUAUUGUGGUGCUAUCAAGCUGGAGAAUUUCCAUGUCUAUUAUGUGGAUGCCAUGCCAUACGGUCGAAUCCAACUGGUCUUCACUGAGGGAGCCGAUCUGA